AGAAGAGCGAGACAGAAUAGCUAUGCACAGAAUAGAACUUCUAGAGAGAGAGAGAGAGAGAGAGAGAGAGAGGCACACACAGAGAUUGAAACCCUAUGUUUUCUCCUUCACAACUAGGUCUCGAAGUCGAUAAAUAAAGAGAAGAAAACUCUUUUUUUCUUGUUUCUGUUUUUGUUUUCCUUUAUAAUUUUCAAUGUUUUGGGUUCACUGGUGGGGUUUGAAUUAGGGUUUUGAGGGAUUGGUUAGUCGGGGUUUGUUUUAGAUUUUGAGUUCCUGAUUGUGUUUAGGGAUAAUUGGGGCACCUUAUGACUUUUCAACCAUCGUAUUUUGAAUCUUUGUGAUGUGAGUGGACUGGGUGCUUUCUAGGGUUUGUUUUUUGUGUCUGGUUUCAAUGGGGAGUAUGGGUGAGUCGGACAGAAAACGGCGUCACUUUAGCUCCUUGUCCCCUACCCCUGCUACUGCUACUGCCAAGAAGCUACCCUUCUUACCCAUUUCUGAAGACAAAAAGCUUGAUAUUGCUGUACUUCAGUAUCAAAAUCAAAAGCUUACACAGAAAUUAGAAACUCAGAAGUUAGAGUAUGCAGCACUUGAGAAUAAAUUUUCUCAACUGAAGGAGAGGCAACAGUCAUAUGGUUCCACUAUAGCAGUGGUCAAGAACUCUUGGGAGGAGAUGGUUAAUGAUUUGGAGUCAUGUUCUGAACACACGAGAGAGUCCAGCAGCAAAUCGGUUUCAAGAUUUGCAUCAAUGAUGGAAGAUGGUAGUUCAUCAACUGUUCAGGAUGUUUUUCUCAGCCGACUUUUGCAAACUGGUGCUACUGAAAGUUCUUCCACUUGUAACUUUGCAAACCAGAUGGAACAACAUAGAGAAAAUACUACCGAAAAAGCUAAAUGCGUUUUAAAAAAUAUAGUGACUGCUAUUAAUGACUUUUGGUGUCUGAAGGAUGCAUUGCAUACUGCAGUACUGAAAAAGCUUCCUGAUGAUGUUUCAUGUAGGCCGAAGUUGUCCAUUGAUCUAGAGGUGGAAGUUAAAAACCUGAGAUUGGCACUCAGUGAACUUCAUUUAAAACACAAAUCUUUAGCAAGUGAUUUCCAAAUUCAGAGAGAUCUUGAUGCCAAAAAUAAAGCUGACCUUAAAAGAUUAAGAGGAGACCUAGAAAGCACUAUUGCCGAGUUAGAAGAAAGCAAUCACAAACUUGCAACUCUUAAAGCAGAGAGAGAUGCAGCAAAUGGGGCAGUUCUCCCAGUCAUAAAUGUUGGAAGUACACACGUUACUAGUGAUAAGAUCAGAGACAAGCAAAAGGAUUUGCAAGAUAUGGAAUCUACUCUGAAGGAGUUAUUGGACCAAGGUUCAUCUCGAUUAGUGGAACUGAAAAGUCUUCAUGAGGAAAGAAUAAGAAUAUUGCAGCAGUUGUGUGAUCUACAGAACACAUUGAAGAAUUUGAAGUGUAUUACUUCUUCCCAUGCAUUCCAAUUGGUUAGAGAUCAGAUAGAAAAGUCAAAAUCAGAAGUUCUGGAGUAUCAGGCCUUAUACGAGAAACUACAGGUUGAGAAGGAUAAUCUUGCUUGGAGGGAGAGGGAGUGGUAUGUUAAGAGUGAUUUAGCAGAUAUUUUUCAAAGAUCUGUGGCAGUCUCAGAUAUUAGAGCGGCUGAUAUAUGCACUGAGAUACAGAAAAAAAUAGAGGAAAGAAAUGUGAUUGAAAAUAAGCUGAAAGAGGAAGCAAGAGAACCUGGAAGGAAACAGAUUAUUGCAGAAUUUAGAUCUCUCGUUUCUUCAUUUCCUGAGGAAAUGGGAUCUAUGCAAAGUCAACUAACUAAGUAUAAAGAAUCAGCUUCGGAUAUCCAUUCUCUGCGUGCAGAUGUGCAGUCUAUUUCUAGUAUUCUUGACAGGAAGGUAAAAGAAUGUGACGUUUUAUCUGUUAGGUCUGCUGGUCAACUUGCUGAGAUAAAAAAGCUUCUUGGUGUGGUUCAAGAUUUGAGAGAAAGUGAGACAGACUUGAAGUUGAUACUGGAAAUGUAUAGACAUGAGUCUAUUGAUUCAAGGGAUGUCAUGGAAGCACGUGAUGCAGAAUACAGAGCAUGGGCACAUGUUCAAAGUUUGAAAUCAUCUCUUGAUGAGCACAACUUAGAAUUUCGAGUUAAGAUGGCAAAUGAAGCAGAGGCCAGAUCUCAACAAAAGCUGGCUGCUGCUGAAGCUGAGAUAGCAGACAUGAGACAGAAAUUAGAAGCUUCUAAAAGGGACAUGUGUAAGUUGUCUGAUGUCUUGAGAUCUAAAAACGAGGAAAAUGAGGCCUACUUAUCUGAAAUAGAGACUAUUGGACAGGCAUAUGAUGACAUGCAAACUCAAAAUCAACAGCUGUUGCAGCAGAUUACCGAGAGAGAUGAUUACAAUAUUAAGCUUGUUCUAGAGGGUGUGAGGGCAAGACAAAAGCAGGAUUCGUUGGUCAUGGAGAAGCGGGUAAUGGAACAAGAGAUCCAGCAAGCAAGUGUAUCCCUGAAUUUAUAUGACAUCAAAGCUGCAAGAAUUGAAGACCAGUUUAAGCUUUGUUCAGAUCAGAUUCAAAGACUUGCAGAGGAUAAACUUCAAAGUUCUGUCAAUUUGGAAAAUACACAAAGAAGGUUGUCGGAUAUUAGAAGAUCAUCUCAACAGGUUAGGGAUACAGUGGUGGAAGUGCAAUCUAAAAUUACUAGUAGUCGAGUGACUCGUAUGGAGUUAGAAGUAGAACUCGAGAAAGAAAGGUUUGCGAAGAAAAGAAUAGAGGAGGAGCUGGAGGUUGCUCGGAGAAAGUUUUCCUGCCUUAAAGCACAGAAUGAGGGCUGCUCAGUAACUGAGAAGCUUCAACAAGAGCUGGGAGAGUACAGGGAAAUUGUGAAGUGCAGUAUCUGCCAAGACAGGACAAAGGAGGUGGUAAUUACAAAAUGCUACCACUUGUUCUGCAAUUCCUGCAUCCAGAAAGUUGCUGGGAGUAGGCACCGUAAAUGUCCACAGUGUGGUACAAGUUUUGGGGCUAAUGAUGUUAAGCCGGUUUAUUUGUAACUAGAAACUCGGUCCUCUUCUGCUUGUUGAGAAGAUCCUGGUGAUCUUUUAAAAAAGAUCUGGUGUAUGGAAACCUAACAGGUUCAAUUGUAUGCUUAUGCCAAUUGUUGAGACAAGGAAAAUAGGCAGCGAUCAUUGAGUGCCUGUCCCCUUUCAUUUGGACCAAAAAUGAUUAUUUUUGCUGGUACUUGUUCUUAGUACCACCUGUACUCUUUCUUGAAUCUGGGAUGUUGUUUAGUUUUACUUUUUUUAGUAGAAAGAACUUGGAGCCAUGGGCAACGUGAUAUUUGUUCUUUGCAGAUUUAUCAUAAUACAUCUUCCAAUGCGAUUUGGAGAAGUCAUGAAGGUUGGUCUUUGACCGUGCAAUUAAUAAAUCAAAUUAUUCUAAGCCUGAAUUGGCCAUCAUGGCAAAUUGCCUCAGAAGUUGACUUUAGAGUGAAAUGACAAUGUCUUACAUCAAUAGUUCUGUUUCCUGCUGAAAUGGCAGGAGAAACACAAAUUUUGGCUUAAGAGGCUUUUGUAUAUAUGUUAGAUCCAGUAAGUGGUCGUUCAAUUUUGUUUAUCACAGCCUGUAAUCUGUGUAAUCGUAGAUGUUUUGCUAAGAUAUUGUAAUUGAUGUUGUAUAAAGAUAAGAAAGCUCAAUUUUAUCAUUUAUU